AUGUCCCAAAACACCAAGACCUACAAGGACGCAUUUGCCCUCUUCGACAAGAAGGGCACCGGAAAGAUCCCCGUCGAACACUUGGGCGACUUGUUGAGAGCCGUGGGCCAGAACCCCACCUUGGCUGAGAUCUCGGAGUUGCAGAGCUCGAUCAAGUCCAACGAGUUCGAUUUCGACACAUACCAGAACAUCAUCGGCAGACCCGACGGAUUCAAGCCUUUGGGGUUGCCCGAGGACUACAUCAAGGGCUUUCAGGUCUUCGACAAGGACCAGACCGGGUACAUUGGCGUCGGUGAGUUGAGAUACAUCUUGACGUCCAUUGGCGAGAAGUUGACAGACUCCGAGGUCGACGACUUGUUGAAGGGUGUCAACGUCACCUCCGACGGCAACGUGGACUACGUCGAGUUUGUCAAGUCCAUUUUGGACCAAUAG